AUGUUGUUCUCCAAGUCCAUUGCCAGCCGCGCCGGCCUGGCUUCUGCUGUUGCUUCUCGCAGCUGCUGCCGACCAACCUCCCUCGCCGCCAUGCCGCUCAGAGCCAAAGUCCUGUCGUCAGGCCAGAAGGCCCCAAUCUCGACCCAAGCCGCCGCCGAGUUGUUCAAGCCCGCCGAGGGUGACGAGCCCGAGGAUGUCCUCUUCAACAGUCUAUACAACCUCCGCUCCAUCGAGCUCAACCGCCCAGCCAAGUACAACGCCCUCAAUGGCUCCAUGAUCCGCAAGAUCGCGCCCCGUCUCCUCGAAUGGGAACGCUCCGAUAUGGCCAACGUCAUCGUCAUCAAGGGUGCCGGAGAGAAGGCCUUUUGCGCCGGUGGUGAUGUUGCCGCCCUGGCCGAGCAGAACGCCAAGGGCCCCGAGGGUGUCCAGCAGUCGGUCGACUACUUCGGCCUUGAAUACAAGCUCAACCACCUGAUUUCCACCUACACCAGGCCCUACGUGGCUAUCCUCGACGGCGUCACCAUGGGAGGUGGUGUUGGUCUCAGCAUCCACGCCCCCUUCAGAAUCGCCACCGAGCGCACCGUCUUCGCCAUGCCCGAGACCAAGAUUGGCUUCUUCCCCGACGUCGGCGCUUCCUUCUUCCUUCCCAGGAUGCCUGGCCAGGUUGGCACCUACCUCGGUCUCACCAGCGCCAUGCUCAAGGGUGUUCAGGUCUACUAUGCCGGCAUUGCCACCCACUACCUUCACUCGAGCAGUCUUCCUGCCCUGGAAUCCCGCCUUGCCGAGCUUACCCCCAUGGACUACUGGACCAUGGAGCAGCGCCUUAGCGUCAUCAACGACACCAUCGAGGAAUUCUCCACCGGUGUUCCCUACGACGAGAAGAUCCAUAUUAGCGGCCCGGUCCGUCUUGCGAUCGACCGUUGCUUCAAGUACAACACCAUCGAUGAGAUCAUUGCCGCCCUCAAGGAGGAAGCCGCUCGGGGAGGCGUUAUGGGCUGGGCUAAGAACACCUUGGAGGAACUCACCCAGCGCUCCCCUACUUCUCUCCAUGUUACGCUGCGUCAGAUGCGCCUCGGCAAGACUUGGGACAUUGCUAGCACCUUCCAACGCGAACACCAGAUGGCUGCCAAGUUCAUGAAGUCUCACGACUUCAAUGCGGGCGUCAAGGCAUUGCUCAUCGACAAGGGGCAAAACGGGCCCGUCAAGUGGAGCCCAGCUUCGCUAGACGAGAUCCCGCCUGGUGCCAACAUCUCUGAGGAUUACUUCAUGAGCGACCCCGAGCUUCCUAUGCUGAAGCUGCUCAACGGCAGAUCCUACCGGCAGUAUCCCUACAACAAGUUCGGCCUGCCCAACGACCACGACGUCAGGGAGACUAUGGAGAAGGGCAACUUCACCCGGAAAAGCUGA